AUGGAGGUAUCAGCAGUAAACAGUACGUAUGGAUAUACAUGUAACUCAUGUAUGAUCCAAUUUAAGUCCAGUGAACUACAGCGCUAUCAUAUGAAAACAGAAUGGCAUCGGUAUAAUUUAAAAAGAAGGGUAGCUCAACUUGCUCCUAUUGAUGCGGAUUUAUUUAUACAGAAGCUUCAGGCAUCUCAAAAAGAGCAGGAGCUAAAUCAAGUUGACGAAUUUGGGUUUCCGUUGCUGAAGCCAAUUAACGCUCGCUCAGAAAGGUCUCAAGGGGUUGGGCAUCGCCGUACGAAAAUUGGUAGUUUGAAUAAUACAGGCUCAAAUCUACGGGCGUCUACAUCAGGGUAUUCCAUUUCUUCCGAGAUUUCAAGAGUUACAGAACAUAAUAGUGAUUACGGGCAACUUACGGCCUCAGAGUAUGGUUUUACAGAUGAGUCGUUCGACGAACUAGAAUCGGAAUUUUACUCUGAUGGAAAUGAUACUUUACAAGAUGGUGAGGAUCAGAUUAUUCUAACUGAAUGUCCCUACUGUGGGUCUCAAAGCUCUGGGUUAGACCAAAACUUAACGCAUAUGUUGAAAGCACACGGUCUUUAUAUACCUGAGAGAAAGUACUUGAGGGAUAUUAAAGGAUUAGUACACCUAAUAGUUACCAAUGUUGUAAUAAAGAAACGCUGUAUGUGUUGCAGCUUCAAAGGAUCUAGCUUAGAAAGUAUACGUGCUCAUAUGAAGUCCAAAUCACAUUGCAGGAUACCAUAUGAAACAAAAGAGGAACGUGAGGCCUUAGCGCGGUUCUAUGAAUUCAAUCAAACCGAUGGUGAAGAAGAUUCUCCUUCUUCCGAGAAAUCUGUUGAUAUGGAAGGAGCCAAGCCAGUAGAUGAAGAGUCGCCGAAUGAUCCAUUAAAUGCGCCAGGUGAAGGCACUAACUCUAAUUAUGCCGUGGUUGAAAUCGAUGAGUCUGGAGUUGAAUUAACUUUACCAACAGGUGCUAGAGUUGGUCACCGCUCUAUGCAACGCUAUUAUAGACAAAAUCCAAGUAUGCCAGGUGAAACUUCGGAUGGAAGGCGUACAGUAGCGGUGGGUGACAGGAGGUAUGCUGGUGGUAUAACAGAGAAAGAGUAUAAGAAGAAUUUAAAGGAUAUGCAAUCUUUGGAAAGACAGGCAGUAAAUAAGUUUAUUAAAAAACAAGCCAAGAGAAACUUCCAGAGGCAUUACCGGGACGAAUUGCUGCAAUAG